AUGAAAAUGACAGCCAUCAUCCCGUACCGAAUCGCUGUACCAGACGAGAAACUUGAGAAGCUUCACCAGAAAUUGAAGCUCACUGAGUUUCCGGAUGAGCUUGAAGAUGCGCAAUGGAAAUACGGAGUCCCGCUGUACAUCAAGAAAUUAACCAACUACUGGAUUGAAGAAUAUGACCGUCGCAAGGUAGAGCGUGAACUAAACAGACUCCCGCACUUCCAAACUCAAAUUACAGUCAACGGUUUCGAUCCUCUUCCUAUGCAUUUUAUACAUCAGAAAAGCGAGGUCGAAGGCGCCAUCCCGCUUCUUUUCGUUCAUGGCUGGCCUGGAAGUUUCUUCGAGGGAUCGAAAUUACUUCCUCUCUUGCAAGGAGGAAACGGAAAGCCCGCCUUCCAUGUUGUUAUGCCUUCUUUGGCCAAUUACGGAUUUUCCGGUGGAGUCACAAAGGUCUAUACCAGACAGGAAAGGAGUGGAAGUAGAGUGCGCCAAAAACCGCAAAUGGGUUCAAAACCUCAACCCAAAACCCGAACCGCAUUGGCCCCAAAACCCGAACCAAUUGCGGUUUGGGUCGGGGACGGUUUGGGCUUGAAUAGCAGGCUGAAGCUUGUCACGGAACCAUGCUCGGGCUUAAUUACAAUCAAUAUGGUAGCUAUCUUCUUCUCUUGUGAAGGUUUCUACUAA